AUGGCUGCUUCGGUUCCUGUAGCAUGGACACGCGUCACCGCUGGUCAAACAUCCUUCAGUGUCUUCCCCAAACCGAUUCAGAAGUCUCCCCAAGAUGACCGGGAGUACAGGAUCAUCAAGUUGGACAAUGGCUUGCAAGCGAUGUUGAUUCAUGACGCGAAAGCGGACAAGGCAGCUGCUAGUUUAGACGUAGCUGUCGGUCACUUGUAUGAUCCUGAUGACAUGCCCGGUCUUGCGCAUUUCUGCGAGCAUCUACUAUUUAUGUACUUGUCCAAGAACAACGGAAGCUCGAAUGCCUUCACUGGGACCUCCAACACGAACUACUACUUCAACGUCUCCACCACAGCCCUCUACGGCGCACUGUCGCGCUUCUCUGGCUUCUUUCACUCUCCUCUCUUUGCGCCGUCCUGCACAGCGCGCGAGCUCAAUGCAGUAGACUCGGAACAUAAGAGAAACCAUCAGAGUGACAUGUGGCGUAUCUUUCAGACCAACAAGCACCUCAGCAAGGAUGGGCACCCAUGGCGCAAGUUCGGCACCGGCCACAAAGAGAGCUUGUCUAAGGUCGGUCGAGAGCUCAAGGCGAAGGGUACCCUCAAUAGCAAUCUGGUCAUGAAGAGCGCGGAUGGUAGCUUGGCCCCGACCCCCAACGACUCUCGCGCCCCUUCGCCCUCUCCAUCGGUAAACUCGACGAGUAGUGAGAUGGAUGGGGACGGUGGGGUGGUAGGCCGUGAAACUCGUCGGAGAUUGGUCGAAUGGUGGAGCAACGAGUAUUGUGCAGGUCGGAUGCGUCUGUGCGUUGUGGGAAAUGAAUCUCUCGAUGAGUUGGCUGCAAUGGUAGCGAAGCUCUUCUCCCCGAUACCCAACCGGGGGCGUGAACCCCUGCAUAUGAUACCCGAUCAUCCAUUCGGACCCAAUGAGAUGGGUACACUCGUUUCUGUGCACACAAUCAUGGCGUUCCAUGCUCUAGAGAUCAGCUUCCCCAUACCCUAUCUUCCUCCUUAUUGGCGCCAUAAACCCGCGAGCUUUCUUGCGCAUUUCAUCGGACAUGAAGGCCCGGGUUCUUUGCAUUCGUACCUCAAGGGGAAAGGCUGGAUCACAGAUUUGAGCAGUGGCCCGCAGAACCUCGCCAGAGGUUUUGCUAUGUUCAAAGUCACGCUGCGCAUGACGCCUCAAGGAUUCGAAAAUUACGAAACGAUCAUGGAGCAUGUCUUCAACUACAUCUCCCUUCUCCGCUCCUCCAAGUUCCCGGCAUGGUACCAACGCGAACGUAGUCAAAUCAGCGCCACCCGCUUCCGCUUUGCAGAGAAGAGGCGUCCCGACGACUACGCCGUCUGGGUCACCGAGCACAUGACAUGGCCUGUUCCCCCCGACCUCGUAAUCAGUGCGCCACAGCUCGUGGAGGAAUGGGACGAGAACGACGCAGAGCAUGGUGGAGAGAAGGAGAUGCGCGCGUUUUUGGACCUCCUCUCCAUCGAACGCUCACGUGCGGUUCUAAUGGCCAAGGCGGAAGAGCACGAGCGCGUCCGUGGCAAGGACGUCGUUUGGGAAAAGGAGCCGUGGUACGGCACUCCAUACCGUGUGGAACGUCUCAGCGUUGAGAUUGUCCAGAAGGCGAGAGGACCCAACAAUCUCUCGGAGUUGUUCCUACCUGGCCCCAACGAGUUCAUUCCGACCAACCUCGAAGUCGAGAAACGUGAUGUUGAAACGCCAGCGAAGCGACCUCAGUUAGUGCGCCAAACACCGUUGUCAUCCUUGUGGCACAAGAAAGAUGAUCAGUUCUGGGUGCCGAGGGCCCGCGUCGUCAUUGACAUUCGCAGCCCUCUCGCUAAUUCCUCUGCGCGAUCGAUCGUCAUGACUCGGCUUUUCGCGGAUCUUGUCACAGACUCGCUCACCGAGUUCUCAUACGAUGCCGACUUGGCCGGUCUUGCGUAUACCUUCAGUCCCCAGUCUCUUGGACUCUAUGUGAUGCUUCACGGCUACAACGACAAACUGCAUGUCCUCACGAAAGAUAUUCUGACGCGCGCAAGACGCUUGGAGAUCAAACCUGAGCGACUCGAGGUUAUGAAGGAUCAGGCCAAGCGAGAAUGGGAGAAUCAUUUACUCGGUGCCCCGUAUCGGCUAUCGAACUACUAUUACCGAUUCCUCCUCGCUGCCCGGGACUGGAGCGUCGAGGAGCUUAUCGCCGAGGUUGCAUCGAUUACGCCCGAAGAACUCCGCAAGUACAUCACCACCCUGCUCUCGAAGGUACACAUGAAUAUGCUUGUGAUUGGUAACAUGUACAAAGAUGAGGCCUGUGGGUUGGCGAAAAUGGCAGAGGACAUCAUCCAGGCGUCACCGAUACCCGCGGAUGAAGUGCAAGAGUUGUCUCUCGUUCUACCUCCGGGCUCGAACCACACUUGGGCCACUGUAGUGCCUAACAAGAACGAGGCCAACUCAUCACUGACAAAACGACGGGUUACCGCAUCACUCCUUGCCCACAUUCUUUCGGAACCAGCUUUCAACGUGCUACGCACGCGAGAACAGCUAGGCUACAUCGUUUCAGCAGGACAUUGGCAAGUCAACGGCGGUGGACAAAGCGGCAUCGGCUUUGUCAUUCAGAGCGAACGGACCCAAGAGCUCUUCGAACACAAAACAUCGCUGCAAAAACAAUGGCGCGAAGCGCCGAAGAAUCUGAACGAGGAGAUGAACCGCUACUGGAAUCAUAUCGAGUAUGGCUUCCUGGACUUCCACCGCCGCUUCAUUGAAGCGGAUCUCAUCGAAGGCGUUACAAAGGAGGAGGUCCUUGAGUUGUUCAGCUCGCACGUCGACCCCUCCUCCAAGGAGCGCUCAAAGCUGUCCAUUCACCUGAAGUCGCAGAAGCCACGUCCUCCGAAGAUCAGUAUUGCGGCCAUGGAGGCAUUCGCGCAGAAGGUCGCCGAAAAGGGCUACACCGUCGAAGAGCAGGCCUGGCGAGACGCUCUUGUCGGAGAUGGCGAGACCGCGCUAGACAAAUUCGGGCAGUACUGGCGGGAUACACUCUUGGCGCAAGCGGCGACAGUUCCUCCAGAGGUGGCCCAAGGACUGACAGCAGAAGUGCCCGUGCUGAUGAAGCAGUGUCCCGCUGUGGAUGACGGCGCGGACGAAGCGACGCUUGGCAAGGACGUCAUCUUCAUCCAGGAGCCGAAUGCAUUCCGCGCGUCUUUGGCAGUCAAUGAGCGGCCCCAGCCAAUGGUGGAAUGGGGGGAUUUGCCCACGUCGAAGUACUGA